UUUAGAUUGCAUGCAAAUUCAUGUGCGUGAGAGAGAGGGGGGGGGAGACAAAAGUGCUGUUACAUUCCUGCAGAGAGAGAGAGAGAGAGAGAGAGAGAGAGAGAGAGAGAGAGAGAGAGAGAGAGAGAGAGAGAGAGAGAGAGAGAGAUCCCUCUUCCCCUUCCUCCACCUUCCUCCACCUUCCAGCCCGCGGCGGCGGAAAGGAGAUUUUUUUUUCAAUCCCGGCUGCAGAUGCGCGAAACCGGGCUGCGGAGUGGAAGACACAACGGUCGCCGGUCGAGAAAGUUUGCGGAGAGGCUGGGCCCGAAGAUCGAAACUCGUUCAAAGUAGAGUCCGGCUGGUGACAUUCGAGGUCACACUGAUCAUUUAUUAAGAAAGGUUAACUUAUGCAAAUGAGUUCCCAGCGGAGGCUCGCAGCCGGCCGGACGGCGCUGCUCCUCGCCGGCUUGCUGGCGGCUCUGUGGCGCGCCUGUCUGGCCGGUUGCCCGGAGAAAAACCUGGAGGACCGCGAGGAAGAGGCCAACGUCGUUCUGACGGGCACCGUGGACGAAAUCAUAAACGUGGACCCGGUGCACAACACUUACUCUUGCAAGGUCAGGGUGUGGCGCUACUUGAAAGGAAAGACCAGCAUAAACCGUGAAAUUCUCUUGGACGGUGGCAACAAGGUGAUGAUCGGCGGCUUUGGCAACACAGGAAUCUGCGACAAUCAGGUUGCCACGGGCGACACGCGCAUAUUCUUCCUUAACCCUGCCCCGGAGUUCAUGGGGCCCGAACACAAGAAUGAACUGAUGCUCAACUCAAGCCUGAUGAGGAUUACGCUGCGGAACCUGGAGGAUGUGGAACACUGUGUGGAAGCUCACAAGUAUAUCGUUGCAGACAAACCCCCUCACUUUACACCUGCUCAGCCUCCUGACGGCUGCCGAGGGAAGUUGUGCGGCUUUGGCGCCGUGUGUGAGCGAGACCCGAACGACCCCGCCAACGCAGAGUGCGUGUGCAAGAGUGGGGAUUGUCCAUCCUUGGUGGCGCCCGUGUGCGGCUCCGAUUCGACGACCUACACCAACGAGUGUGAGCUGGAGAAAACCCAGUGCCAAAGCCAGCGCCGCAUCAAGGUGCUGCGUAAGGGGCCGUGCUCUCUCAAAGACCCUUGCGCUGAGGUGACCUGCAGCUACGGCAGCACCUGUGUGCAGUCCACUGACGGCUUGUCGGCUAAAUGCAUGUGCCCGCUGGGCUGUGAGGGCAGACCGGAGCGGACAGUGUGCGGCAGCGAUGGAAAGGACUACCGCAACGAAUGCGAGCUGCAUCAGUAUGCCUGCAAGAACCACAAGAACAUCAGGGUGCAACACCAAGGACAAUGCGACCCUUGUAAAGACAGCGAGAACAGUCUAAACACAAUGUGCCGGGUCGAAGCCCUCACCCGCCAGCCGCUCAUCUUCGGCUUGCCCGAGUCGUGCCUCCCAGCUAGCGAGCCGUUGUGCGCCAGUGACGGUGAAAACUACCCCAGUGACUGUGCCAUGAGAGCAACGAGCCUGCAGAAAGGAAUUAAACUCCGGAAGAUUCACGGCGGAUGGUGCAGAAGGCUGGAAGAAUGUAAGGAGGAGUGUCGCUUCAACGCCGUGUGUGUGGUCGAGCAGCUGAACGCUCGAUGCUCGUGCGAUCCCAUCGAGUGCGACGGGACCUACAAGCCCGUCUGCGGCAAGGGCGGUCGCACGUACACCAACGACUGCGUGCUCCGCAAGGCCGAGUGCCUGGGCAAGACCCUCAUCCCCGUCAAGCAUGCGGGGCCGUGUGAUCUCCACACGCCAAGUCCCUGCUUGGAUAAUGUGUGCCAUCACGGCGCAGUGUGCGUGGUCAGAAACGAUGAGCCCGUGUGCGAGUGCCUGGAAGCCUGCCCCCAAACGUCAGACCCUGUGUGCGGAUCUGACGGCAGCAGCUAUGGCAGCCCCUGUGAGAUGCGAGCGAUGGGCUGCGCUCUGCAGAAAGCCAUCCGCAUCCAGCAUAAAGGACCCUGCGAUGAGACCUGUGCCAACUGCUCUUUCGGUGCGAUCUGCGAUGCCCAGAGCGGACGGUGUGUUUGUGCAACAGAGUGUGUGGAGUCCCACCAGCCCGUAUGCGGCAGCGAUGGCACGACCUACAACAGCGAGUGCGAGCUACACGUACGGGCCUGCAAAAAACAGAUGGACCUGCGAGUGGACAGCCAGGGAGAGUGCGAAACCUGUGGCAACACUGUGUGUGCCUGGGGCGCCCGCUGUGUCCAAAGUAAGUGCGUGUGCCCACCAUGCUCGGGUGAAGCGUUCUCUCGGGUGUGCGGAAGUGACGGCACCACCUACGAGAACGAGUGUGAACUCCGCCUCUCCUCGUGCGUGCAGAAGACGAGAAUCGACGUGGCGAGAGCCGGCAGCUGUGAUGAAGACUGUGGCUCAGGAGGGUCGGGGUCUGGUGCGGAGAGCUGCGAACAAGACCGCUGUCGCUUGUUUGGAGGCUCGUUCGACGAAGAUGCCGAAGAAGACCGAUGCGUGUGCGAUUUCACUUGCCACACUGUGCCGCAUGUCGAGGUUUGCGGCUCAGACGGCAAAAGCUACAGAAACGAGUGCGAGCUGAAGAAAGCCAGAUGUGAGAAACAAGAGCAGUUGACAGUUCAGCGCCUGGGAUUGUGUGCAGGUCUGUGCCUCCCGGAGCCCACCGAGUCCCGACACUGCUCUCUGUCUGUGUACGGCUGCUGUGCCGACAACUUCACAGCCGCAUUGGGAGUCGGACUGGCUGGCUGUCCAAGCACCUGCCAAUGUAAUGUCUAUGGCUCCUACAAGGGUACAUGUGACCCAGCCACGGGUCAGUGCUCUUGCAAGCCGGGUGUCGGGGGGCAGAAGUGUGACCGCUGCGAGCCGGGCUUCUGGAACUUCCGCGGCAUUGUGACGGAGAACAUGAGCGGCUGCACACCGUGCAACUGCGACACCAGCGGCUCCGUGCGUGACGACUGUGAGCAGAUGUCGGGUCUGUGCUCUUGUAAGGCCGGGGUGAAGGGCAUGAAGUGCAAUGUGUGUCCAGAUGGAAGCAAUAUGGGCAUGAAUGGCUGUGACAAAGGUCCAGAAGCCCCAAAUUCAUGUGACGAGUUAGUUUGUAGUUUUGGAGCGUCUUGUAUUGAGGUGAAUGGUCACGCCCAUUGUGAGUGCCCUUCACCCGACUGUGAUGAGCGGAACAAAACUAAGGUGUGCGGUUCCGACGGGGUGAUGUAUGCUGACCGGUGCCAGCUGAGGACUAUUGCCUGUAGGCAGGACAAGGACAUCACAGUGCAACACUUUGGACAAUGCACAGAAACCAUCUCCGAGCGGGCUGAGCGACCCACUCCAACCCCCCUUGCCGCCGCCACCACCAUCACAACGCCAGCCCCCUUAAAUCAUAACAAGGUGUGGGCCAUCCCGUCUCCGAGAACGGCCGAGACUGCUGAGACUACGGUGCAGACCCCUGCCAACACGCCCUCACCCACCCUCACCCACCACCGUACGCAAAAAAAACACCACCACCACCACUCCAUCCACAUCCAAACUCAGUCGCCACUGUCAACCGCUACCCCUGCCGCUACCGCCUCUCGCAGUAGCCCCGCCCCCACCGCUGCGGCAAAUUCUUUCGAGGGUUCAGGCAGUGGGGAGCCGAGUGGAGAUGACCAAGCUGAGGAAGAGGAGGAGCUGGAAGAGGAAGCAGGUAGCGGCAUCCUAACAGAGGCCAGUGGGGCGGAGGAGACUUUUGGACCCACAUUGGAAAACUCCGCAAUACCCAUCGCUGACCAGAGGUCUUCAUGUGACAACACAGAAUUUGGAUGCUGCCCUGACAGUGAGACUCCGGCCAGCACCCAAGAGGGAACCAACUGUCCACCCACCAUGAAGUUCAGUGGUUUCCUGCACUUGGACCAGGUGGAGGGACAAGAAAUAGUCUACACCCCCGAGAUGGAGGACCCGAAAUCGGAGCUUUUCGGAGAGACAGCCCGCAGCAUCGAGAGUGCCCUCAACGACCUAUUCAGGAAGUCGGCGGUACGCAGAGACUUCAUGAGCGUUCGUGUCCGUAACCUGGCACCCAGCAACUCCAUCCUAGCCUUUGUGGAGGCUAAUUUCAAACCGGAUACAAGAUACACAGUCGAGGACAUCGAGGGAGCCCUGCUUAAACAGCUGAAGGUCUCCAAGGAAACAAGCAUCACAGUGAAGAAGCCAGUGGAUGAAAAUAUUCGCUUCAACAACUAUGGUCCAUCCUCCUUACCAUUCUUUACCACCACCACUGCGUCAGUCACCACUCGUGCUCCCCCCACCACCACCACCACCACCACCAGACAUCUGAUAACCUCCCCCUAUAUCACCCGUCGGCCCCCGGGCACGACCCGCAGGCCUAUCACUGGCAGACGGACCACCACGACAUCAGCACCCGCCGGCACCCCGAUCCCCGUCACCGCCACAGCACAACCGGUCGUCACGACAACGGCAAUGCCGCCGACCACCACCAUCGCCCACGUCCGCGAUAGACUACACAAGCACCAGAGACCCUGCGAUUCCCACCCCUGCCUCCAUGGGGGUACCUGCGAGGAGGAGGGCAACGGCUUCAGCUGCAAGUGCCCCGCCGGGCGCGGAGGAUCUGUGUGCGAGAAAGUGAUCAAGUACUUUAUCCCAUCGUUCGGAGGUCACUCCUACUUGGCCUUCCAAACCAUGAGCGCCUACCACACGGUGCGCAUUGCCAUGGAGUUCAGGGCAUCCGAGAUGACGGGUAUCCUGCUCUACAACGGCCAAGAGAACAAGAAGGACUUCAUCUCUCUGGCUCUGGUGAAUAGCAAAGUGGAGCUCAGGUUCAACACAGGUUCAGGUACAGGCAUCGUGGUCAGCAACAUUGAAAUCUCUCAGGGCCGCUGGCAUCAGCUGGUGGUGAACCGCAAUCGGCGUCACGCCAUGCUCAGCGUGGACAACGAGCCGCACAUCGAGGGCGAAAGUCCGCGCGGAACCGACGGCCUCAACCUGGACACUGAUCUGUUCAUUGGAGGAGUGCCCGAAGAAAUUAAGCAGGAUGUAAGGGAGAGGACUGCUGUCGGUUCGGGUCUUGUGGGCUGCAUCCGCCUGCUGGACGUCAACAACCGGGUGCUCAACCUCCAAGAGAACGGCGUUGAUAAUCUCUAUGGCAGCGGUGUGGGCGAAUGUGGCAACAACCCCUGCCUGCCAAAUCCCUGCAAGAAUGGGGCCACAUGCCAGAUCAAAGAGGCAGAGAUGUUCCAUUGCCAGUGCAGCAAAGGAUUCUGGGGUCCAACUUGUGCCGACCUCCAUGACCCGUGCGAGCCCAGCAGAUGCCAUCCUUCCUCCCAGUGCCAGGCGCUUCCCGAGGGAGGCUACAAGUGUGAAUGUCCGAUGGGACGUGAAGGGAGGCACUGCGAGAUAGUUGCUGAGAGGAGAGGGGCAUACAUGCCACUAUUCAAUGGAGACUCUUACCUGGAGCUCAAGGGGCUGCAUCUUUAUGCACAUGAUCUGCGUCAAAAAGUCAGCAUGACAGUGGUUCUUAUGGCCAACGACUCCAACGGCCUUAUCUUCUACAACGGGCAAAAAUCUGACGGAAAAGGAGACUUCAUCUCUUUGUCUCUCAAUGAGGGGAUCCUGGAAUUCCGCUACGACCUCGGCAAGGGGCCUGCUACCAUCAGGAGUAAAGAACCUAUCAGGCUGAACAUGUGGAACACCAUCAGCUUGGAGCGCUCCAAUCGCAAAGGAGAGAUCAUGGUGAACAAGAAGGACGCCGUCCGAGGAGAGGCGCCGAACCUCCAUGUGGACCUCAACCUGAAAGAGUCUCUCUUUGUUGGCGGAGCUCCUGACUAUAGUCGACUGGCAAGAAGUGCCGCACUCACUGAAGGCUUCAAGGGAACAAUCCAAAAGAUCAUUUUGAUGGGCACGCCCAUCCUCAGAGAGGAGAACGCCCUGCGCUCCCAAAAUCUGGCCAUGUUCCAGGAGCACCCGUGUUCCCGGGAACCCUGCCACAAUGGGGGGCGCUGCAACCCCCAGCUGGACACUUACGAGUGUGUUUGCCUCAGCGGCUACUCUGGGGGACACUGUCAGAACACCAUUUAUGAGAAGUCUGCCGGGACCGAGACGGAGGCCAUUGCCUUCGACGGGCGGACCUUCAUCGAAUACCACAACGCUGUCACGAGGAGUGAAAAGGCUCUCCUGGUGAACAAAUUUGAGCUCAGCAUUCGCACCGAGGCGACCCAGGGCCUGGUGCUGUGGAGCGGGAAGGCCGUGGAGCGUUCCGACUACAUCGCCCUGGCCAUCGUGGACGGCCGCAUCCAUAUGAUGUAUGACCUGGGCUCCAAGCCGGUGGCGUUGCGCUCCUCGGUGCGCGUCGACACCAACCGCUGGAUACGCAUCAAGGCGAGCAGAGCGCUACGAGAUGGAUCGCUACAAGUCGGCAAUGAGGCAGCGGUGACAGGAUCGUCGCCUUUGGCAGCAACUCAGCUGGACACAGACGGAGCGCUUUGGUUGGGCGGCCUGGAAGAAGUGGCGGUGGCUCGUCGGUUGCCCAAGGCCUACAGCACGGGCUUUGUGGGCUGCAUCAAGGACGUGGCGGUGGACGGCGUGGAGCUCCACCUGGUGGAGGAUGCCUUGAACAGCCCCCAAAUAUUACACUGUCCGGCGGCCCAAUAAUAAGCAAGCGCAGAAAAAACACUGAGAGAAAUGAGAAAAUGCUCAAGAAAUCCCCCUCCUGCCUCCAACCCUUCCCACUCCCUCCAUAGCACCCAUGUCUCCUGCUGUAAUUAUUUUCUAUUUUUGUAUACUUUUCAUCGCUUUUUAUAUGGGAAGAAAAUCUUUUCAAAGUUUCAUCAUUUCUUUUAAUCUGCGCCUCCAUUCUCAUGUCUUGGCAUUUCUUUAGAUUUUUUAUUUUUUUUAAUCAACAAGUAAAACUUAUUUUCGGUGUAUCCAUUUCGCUGUUAAUUCCGUCGCCAAGUAACAGAAAUGAUUGCCGAUUGACUUAAACUCAUGACUUGAACUAUGGGAUUUUCGCUGAAACCCUUGUCACGGUGCCAUAUCAUCCGCUUACAUUCCCCAGACAUUUUUUUUUUCAUUCAUUAAUAUAUACAGCAUACACACACACACACACACACACACACAUAUAUAUAUAUAUAUAUAUAUAUAUAUAUAAUACUACAUUCCCUCACCACCUCCCAGCUCCCUGUAUUUUCCUAUUGGGACUCAGUCAAGCUGCUACAGUGAGAAAGGACAACAACAAGAAAGAAAAAAAAGAAAAAAUAAAAAAUAAAAAACACUCAUCCACUCCCAUCAAUCUUCAACUCACAGCGCCAGAAAUGUAAUUAAAUUCAAAUAAAAACGACUACAUUAUAUGCUGGAUCUGGAGCCCAUCUAACUCUAACACAUCAAGACAUAAUAUAAAUUGUUAUACAUAAAUAUAGAAUUUAUAAAUAAUACCAGAGACUGUGAAUAUGUAAGUUGGGUUCUACCCAGAGGAAAUGGUGCGGUUUUGUUUUGUUUUGUUCUGUCAGCAAACGAUAACUCACGAUGACCACUUCUAAUGCAGAGAUUUAUGCAGUGGAUUCUUCUGUCUUUUUCUCUGGGUUUUUUUUUCUUCUUCUUCUUCUUCUUCUUCUUCUUACAAGUACAAAAGUAUUGGCUCACUUCCUGUAUCUUUCCGAAGCUUUUCACGAGUGUUAUGCGCGAGCCUUGAAUGCUGCGCAAGGGGAAAAGUUGUUCAUAGGGAGGAUGGACGAUUAUCCUGCCUGGAUUAGUAUCCUGCCUGGCAACAUUCAACAGACAAACUACAAAAAGACUUAAUUUCCAUUUUUAUAUUGCACAUUCCUGCAAGACUCUGGUUGUUGAGAGAGACUGUAAAGCCUGUGGAAGCCAUAACAGCCACAAAUAAAUGUUCACUAACAUACGGUCGUAGCGCAUGGGUUUGUAACAUUCGGUGACGCGAUGAGGAGUCGCCGAACCACAAUAAGCUGUGAUGACUGAUAUCUUCUUUUGAUAAGAGAUCUUUGGCAAUAUAGUCUAUGACAAAAUCAUGCCUGUUUUGUGGUUGAGUAUCAAACAAUCUUGUUUGUUUACAUUCUGAAUGAUGUUUCCCCUCAGAAAUGAUCUGGCAACCCGUUUUUGUUUGGGGUUUUUUUUUUGUUUUUGUACAGCCCAUCUGUUUUAAGUGUAAAUUUAGCCAAAUUUAUCUGUGGAGGUUUGUUUUGUUUUUUAGUAAUAUACACUGGAGCCACGUCUCUUCUACCACACGUUGAUAAAUGUACAUGGGGGAGGGAUGUCACGAAAUCUAUAAUAUGUGUGUCGUGCAUAAUCGCGGCAGGUGAAAUCAGGAAGCCCUUUUCUGGUGUAACGAGACACGUCUCAUUUCCAGCACUCGUUCUCUUUCUAUCUUCUUUUAGCCAUGCUCUUCUUUGGACUUGACCAUUUCAGGUGGCGACACCGAAUAAAAUAUAUCAAAUACGUGUAUAUUUGUAUGUGACACCAAACAAUAAAGACACACGAUUGAAUGCCAACUUGGAAUUGCCUUCAAAGCCACCAGUCAGCUUCACUCUAGGCAUCGAUUAGUACGAUCGAACCCCAAAAUAAUAACAGGUAGUCAUAGUUUAAAAAAAACAAAAACAAAAAAAACUAAAAUGGAUGAGGAAUGUUCUGUUGCCCUCUUCUGUUUCUUAUUUAUAUCUGAAAGUGGAUGUAAACUACUGUCUGAUCAACGGGCAGUGCACCAAGUAAAAGCGGCAUGACCUGAACAUUACUAACUUUAUGACCUUUGUCUUGUGUUCCUUCCAUCAUGAAAUAAAAUG